AUGGAUUUGGAGGGUAUUCAGCAAGAAUUGGCAAGUGCUGAUCAGCAGGUGGCUGCCAUAAUCGAGUCAUUUAUUGAACUGGGCGUGUCUGUUUAUGAUUUCCCCGGAACGAGUGAGGCCACCCAGGGCAUGAUCACAAAUUUGAAAAGAAAUGUUGACAGACUAUCGAAACUGAACCAGAAGAGCAACGAUCCGGAGUCACAGCUGAACAAUGUCAAUGUGCCUAUCGAGGUCGUGCAAUACAUCGAAGACGGCCGAAAUCCGGAUAUCUAUACCAGAGAGUUUGUGGAGGCGAUUCGGCGCUCCAAUCAGUAUCAGAGGGCAAAGAUGCAGGGUUUGAAGCAGCUGCGGGACUCGCUAGCGGAAAAGAUUGCAGAAGAGUUCCCAGAUCUUGAACCAAGUGUUCAAAAUAUCGUCAAGAGGACAUCCUCACAGUAG